AGAAUGUAACUCAUGAUUAUUGAUGGAUGAGAGUGGCACUUUACAUUUACUUCUGCGAGUAUCCUUCACACGUUCUCUCAAUUGAAGAUGAAGUAGAACGUACUGUCUUUGAACUGAACGACUAUCAAAUCAAAGAGUACCUCAAAAGUCCUGCUAGUAAGAUGAACAGUGAAACUUGUGAACCAGCACCCUUCCGAGAAACCAAAGAACCAGCACCCUCCAGAGAAACCAAGGAACCACUCAGUCAUGAAACCAAGGAAUCAGCACCAAGUUUGGAGAGAAAAUUUUCUGAAUCAAUGGCCUCAGUAGCUGAUAGUCAACAGUGUGAGGUUGAAGGAAAAUGUAGUUUUACUUGUGGUAAUCCUGAUGCUCAGACCACCCAUGGAAUAAUGCACUUCUUUAAUGACUUUUCCAAAUCUGGAGAAAACUUCAAGACAGAUCUGGUAUGCAUGUUGGCUGUUCCCACCAUCUUCAACUUGACUGACAUACUGGGGUUCCUGGGGCCAUACACAGACAACAUCAAUGGAAUUAGGAUAGUGCGGGACAGAAAUCCCCACACAUUCAUGGUGCUCAUUCGGUUUGAGCACGAGGAUAUGGCAGAAGGUUUUUAUCAGAACCAUCAAGAUCAGCCGUACAACACACUGGAAGACAGUAUCUGCCACCUCGCUUUUGUAACUUCCAUUGAGUUUGGCAAGACAGAGGUGCACAUGAAAUCCCUUGCAGCUGGACCUCUGAUAGAGCUACCUCAAUGUGCUGUCUGUCUGGAACGAAUGGACGAAAGCACGACAGGAAUGCUGACAGUUUUGUGUAACCACACUUUCCAUUGUGAGUGUAUGAGCAAGUGUACUACAUGUCCAGUUUGCAGAUUCCACGCUGUCCCGCCCGAGGAGUCUUCUCACUCCUGCAUGGUAUGUGGGAAUACAGAGGGGCUAUGGCUAUGUCUGAUAUGUGGAUAUGUAGGCUGCGGCAGGUACGAAGGGGGCCACGCCAGAGGGCACUUCGAGAGGACUAAUCACACAUACAGUAUGGAUGUGGAACAGAGGUGUGUCUGGGAUUAUGUUGGAGAUAAUUACGUGCACAGACUCAUCCAAAACAAAGCCGAUGGCAAAUUAGUUGCUGUUCAAGACCAAGAUGGGAUACUAGAAGAGAAGUUUGAAUCUCUAACCCUGGAGUACAGUUACCUCCUGACCCAGCAGCUGGAGUCACAGCGGGAAUUCUUCGAGAAGAAACUUCUGUUUGUUGAACAGGAGGCUAUGGAGCGCAUAGCUAUCGUGGAGGGCGAGGUACAAAAAGUAACACAGGAAAAGGACAAGUACAAAGAACUGUACGAGCAAAGUGAGAUAGAGAGGAAGAGACUGGAGAAGAAAAGUGAGGAGGAGAGGAGGAGGUUUGAGAAGAGGAUUGAUCUGCUGUCUAACAAGUUUAACACUCUGUCAAAAGAGUUGAGCGAGGAGAUGGAACUUAAUAAGUGUUUACAGGCGAACCAGAAGGAGUGGAUAACAAAGGUGGUGGCAAGUAACAGUGAACUGCAAGCUUCUCAAGAGAGACACGCUGCUGAGACACAGGAACUGAGGGAACAAAUCAAAGAUCUCAUGUUCCAUUUACAGAGCCAGGCCACGAUAAACAGUAGUCCGAUGAAAGAGGAUAUUAGAGGGGGUGAGAUGCACGUGGUACAGGGUCCGAGCAACGAAAACAGAAACAACCGGAGAUCUCCCAGGAAGAAGAAGUGAAGAGGAAAUUAACGAGAAAUUUUGAAACUUGAUAAUUAACGUUAUCGCUGUCACUUUGUCAAAAAAGAAAUAGAGAGUUUUUGUAUGGGCUAAAAACCAGACUGAUUUGUAUUUGUGGUGGGAAAUGUUGGUGUGUUGCCAAUAAGCAAACUUUCAGAUGACUGCAUUUGUCGCUUUUAGCAGCUACCAGAGAUACAAAUGAGAUAAGAAAUAUAACACGUGCGUUGUUCAAGCCACAUCAAAAUUGAUUGGAUUAAAGCGAAAAUGGAAUUAAUUUUAUAUCAUGAUGCGGGCGUCAGUUACUGUAGCACGAUGACGUUAUUUGAUUUCUUACCAGUUUGAGGAUGGAAUAUUUGAUCUCCGAUUGUUUAAUAUAAUGUCAUCAUAAUUAUAUUUACUGUACUUAUUUAUUCAUUUGUCAAAUAAACUGAACAUAAACAUUUUGAAAAUGAUUGUUUGAGUUGAUCAAAAUAAAACUUUGUAUUCUUUAAGAGUCCACUGCUGCAUGGUAAUUUCGAAUAUAAAAAAUUCAAUUUUCCAUUUAAACUUCAAUUUCAAGCAAAACAUGGAACUACCGAUCAGCAUUGUACGACAAUGUUUUGAACCACGAGCAUGGAACAAAGUGAAGUAUCCAACUAACAGCAUGAAAAUAAUAAAAUUAUUUUUCGAACUUAAAAAGCCGUCUGCUUAUCCACUAAUCUCACUUCGUACACAUAAAGCUCAUCAUGACACCUAAGAUACUGAUAGUCGGUAACAUCUGUAAAGACAUCAUCUACUCCACCGACUCCUACCCAGCUGAGGACAGAAAAGUAAAAGCUCUGUCCAAAGAGACCCGUAUCGGGGGGAAUGCUGGAAACAUUGCACAAGUGUUAGCCCAGUUAAAGGACUGUUAUGUUGAUUGUUGUGUUAAGUUGGGCUCUUGUGAGUUCAGCAAAUACACCAAGUCUUCCCUGGAGAGUACAGCUACUGUGAGACUGUUGGCUGUGGUGGAACAGGAUAUGGACAUUCCUGAGUCGGUAGUGUUACACUCCAAUGAAACUGGAUCCAGGACAUGUCUGCACUUUAGGGGGAAUUGUAAUGAUCUGAAUUGUGAGGAAGUUUUCUCUGCUGUAAGUGAUCUUAGUAAGUAUCAGUGGAUCCAUUUGGAACACAGGAGGAAUGGACUAGAGGUUCUGAAAAUAGCUAAGGAAAUCAAGCGGCUGCGACCUGAUGUUGUGUUAUCUAUUGACAUUGAGAAAGUCAGGGAAGGGUUGAAAGAUAUGCUUGGUAUUGUAGACUUUCCAAUCAUCAGCAAGGAAGUUUGCAAAAUUCAAGGUUUCAGUGAUUUACAAGCAGCACUGGCAGGUCUCUCUAAACAUUGUUCCCAUGCUCUUGUUGUUACUUGGGGAGAUAAAGGGACAGGAAUGUGGCUUGCUGACGGGAUCUCAGAACUCACCUUCAGUAAUGAUAAGUUACAAAAAAUAGACGAUCAUACUUUUACUUGUGAUGCUCAUAAAGUUGAUGAUAUUGUAGAUUCGUGUGGGGCAGGGGAUUGUUUUACUGCAGGGUUUCUCUACUGCGCAUCUCAUCUAGACAGGACAUUACUUCCAGAGUCUGUAGCGUUGGCGUGCAAAUUGGCUGCAUCCAAGUUGGGACAUCCAGGCAUGACAGUUGAUCCCAGUGUACUGAAUUUUUAGAGGUGACAGUAUCUGUUACAUCAGUAAAAUUUCGUGUAUAAAUCCAUUUAAAUUAUCCAUUGAAUUUUAAAUUAGGAAAAUCACUAUUGAUUUCAAGACAAUAAUAUGUGAAUAAUUAUAAAUGGUUAAUUAUUUUUGGACCCGUUAAUUUCAAAACCUGAUAAAAUGGUAACUUCCUGUGAUUUUCAUAACCUUUAUCAAAAUAAAUAAAUAUGUGUUCAUUUAAUUCAAAAGGUUUUGCAUUCAGCUAGCUAGAUGGUGUGAAACUGGAAAGCAAACAGAUGGUACCGUGAAAUCCAUCAGGGUUACCAUCAGCAUCACAGUUCCUACCAGUUUACGAAAUGAGUGAUUCAAGUGACAACGAAGAAAUCCCGCCUCAUCUCGCCCGUUACCGAGAAUACAAGCGGAAACAAGAACUACGGAAACAAAAGAAAGUAGCUCAAUCCAAACCAACUCCCCCAGAAAACAACCAACCCAUCCCAUCAGAUCCCACCUUUACCACCAUGACCACCCCAUCCGACCUCGACAGAUUCAUUAACCACCCUCUCACCAUCCCCCUCCUGAAGCUCACCCUCUGGGUCUCCCUCCUCCUCUUCUUCGCUCACCACGAGUUUGGGAGUGUUUUCUUCCUGGUGUCGAUACCAGUGUUCGUGUGGCAGAGCAUGGAGGAGUAUAAGAGGGGCCCGAGGGAGCUCAGUGCUUACUCUGUGUUUAAUAGUAAUAUGGAGAGGUUAGAUGGGACUUUUACAUCGGAACAGUGGGAGAAGGAACUGAGAUAUGGGGCUGCUGCUGUCAGGAAACAGGAUUGAGGGUUUUUUAGUGAGCUUUAGCAUGUUAUGUUAGAUAGGCUGCAAGUUUUAAGAACUUUGAUUCAGUUUGUACAAAUGUUUGACGUCACCUUGUGCUUUAUGUAGAAUUUAUACUUAUGGUUUUA